UCGUCUUCCUCCUCUGCGAACCCCUGGACGAUCUAUAAAUACACUCUCAGUACUUUCACUCUUCACACGUCUUCUCUAAAUAUUCUAGAUCCAAAACAGAUACACUCGUUACAGUCAAAUCGUCAUCUACUUCAUAGAAAAUUAGAAAUGGCAAAGCAAAAGAUUGUGGUGAAGGUCACAAUGAACAACGAAAAGAAAAUCCGUAAGGCUCUGAAAAUCGCAGUUAGUCUCUCCGGUGUGGAAUCAGCAUCUUUCGUUGGAUCAGAUAAAACCCAAAUCGCUGUAACAGGGGAAGAUGUUGACUCAGUUGAACUGACGACCUUGCUAAGGAAAGGUGUUGGAUACACAGAGCUACUGAGUGUUGGUCCGGUGGAGGAGAAGAAACCAGCCGCCGAAAAGGAAACAAAUCCCACGGUGGCGUCACUAAAUUUUACAGUUAAUCCAUACCAAUACUACUACGGCAGCUAUGGGAUGCCUUACUAUGCAUAUUAGAUUUGAGAUUUUAUCAAAUGAAAAUGAGUGAAAGAAAUAGUUUUAUAUUGUUUCAUAGUUAGCUUCAUUUUUAAUCUCUUUUUAUUUGGGAAUUUUGCAUUGCAUAAAUGAGAGACCCUUGAUGUAAAUAUUGCGUUUGUGAUAUAUGGGAAAUUUUUGCGCUACUUUAUAUA